AUGAGCGAAGAAUUAACACAGGAUGACGAUAUGGACCUAGAGAUUAAUGUUCUUCGCGCCUCAGAGAAUCUUGGCUAUGACCAGAUAAAAUAUCGUGGGCAGUCGGAGAAUGGUGAAACCGAACGUUUGCAUAAUGACGAUGAGUCCGCCAUAUUUGACAUCGGGGAUCAUGAUGAUAUAGACGAACCCACAAGAUGGGAUGACGAAGAAUCUACGGCAAGAGCGAGCAGAGGAGGCAGUUCUAGUAGUAACGAACAUUCCACGCAGAGGAUUAAUGGUGAUGAAAACAGUGCACAUAUUGAACAGGAAAUUUCAAAAUUGAAUUAG